AUGGCGUGCCUAAGGUGCACAGAACGGCAAAUGCAGCUUUGGGACGGGCUGACUGGGUUAUUCCGAGAUGAUGACGAAACUGUAAUCAUAACAUCCAUGCACGAGUUAGCAGCGGCCUAUGUGAUCUGUGUAGGCGCCAAGCUGCAUCGGGAGGGGUACACUCCCUACACGUCAAGGAUACCAAAUAAACGAGAGGCUUCUGCAUCCGAACUGAUCAUUGGUUUCCGAGAAAAUAUUGAACAUGUUGGCAAGGGUGUCGAGACCAGACUUCAGACGACGGCCAAGUCCUCAGACCCUCUCCCCUCUUGGGUUGCAGAAACAAUACGCGCCACCGAGCAGGACACACGCACCCAGCCGUGGCGACUUGCGUUCAGGGACCAGGCGAAUUGCCGCUUUGACGACGGGAAGGAUCUGGUCAAGGUCGAGAAAAGUGUGGGCGGCACGCUCGACCCUUCUUGUCCAUUCAGAACUCAGGGAAGCAGCUUGGCUGCAUGA